AUGUUCGACUCCAUUUCGCCUAUUUCGGCAGUUGUCCUGUUGCUCCUCCUUGCCGCCCCGGCGUUCAUUAUUCCGCGAUUCUCAUCCGGCCGGACGCAGCCCAACCAAUCCACUGCAUCCAGUCUCCUACAACGCCUCCGAGGAUCCCGUCAGCCACCGAGCGAGGUUGUGUCACUGCGCGUGUACCCGAUCAAAUCAUGUCGCGGGCUCGAACUCCCGAAGACUAAGCUGCGUAUGCACGGUCUGGAUCUCGAUCGGAGGUGGAUGAUUGUCGAUGCGAACACGAAGGAGUUUUUGACGAUUCGCCAGAUUCCGCAGAUGACGCUUAUUAACACGGCGUUGGACAGCAACAAGAACAAGAAUUCCUCCUGUAAUAGCACUGCCAAUGGAAAUGUUACUGGCAGCAGUGAUGCCGAAAUCGACACCCUCGUCCUUACCAUCACCGGCGUGGACGGCUGCGUUCGCAUCCCAGCCUACCCCGACGAGGCGUGGCUGGCCGCGCACACAACUCUCGCACAGGUCAAGAUCUGGGACACCGUGACGGACGGACACGUCUACGGGGCUUCGGUCAACGACCUUUUCUCGUCCUUCUUGAAGCGCGACGUCUGUCUCGUCUACAAGGGUCCCACGCCGCGCGUCCUCCAGGGCAACGGCGACCCGCGACUUCUGGGCCGCACGCAGAGCACGAACUUCCCCGACGUGCAUCCGGUGCUGAUUGCGUCCGAGGCCUCGCUGAAGGAGCUGAAUGGAAGGUUGGCAAAGAACGGCGCCGAGCAGAUUACCGUGGAGCGGUUCCGUCCGAAUGUGAUCAUUCGGGGCAGUGCGCCGUGGAUAGAGGAUUCGUGGAAGGUGGUUCGCAUUAGUGGAUGCGGUGAGGACGGGAGGAGGUCGUCGCUGACGAUUGAUGUUGUGGCGCGAUGUGCGCGGUGUCAGGUCCCCAAUGUGGAUCCGGAUACGGCGGACAAGCAUAAGACGCAGCCGUGGAAUACGCUGAUGAGGUAUCGGCGCAUCGAUGAGGGGAUUACGUAUAAGCCGUGCUUUGGGAUGCUGAGUGCGCCGCGCAACGAGGGGUCCAUUGAGGUGGGGAUGAAGUUUGAGGUGUUGGAGGAGACGAGGAAUCAUCGGUAUGUGAAGGGUUUCUGA